AUGCUAAAUUGGACUGCACAAGACGACGAGAUAGAUCGGCGAGGUCGGCAUCCAGACCUGCACUGGUGUCUAGAUAACCCGGUCACCCGGCUUGAACAGUGGCCAAAAGAACUGCGAGAUCUUGCACCCAAACGCUUCGACCCCAUAACGGGGACAACUUACUGCUAUCCAUCAUCAGGCGGGGUGUGGGAAUCCCAACUACACCCUCUAACCCUCGAAAAGCUUGAUGUUGAUCGAUUUAACCCGGCCGUGUCAGACUGGCACACGGGCCGCGAGGACGGGUGGUGUGACCAACUGCGAAUCUAUGGCGGAAACUGGUACGGAUGCAAUCUCGAGCUGCCCUGGGAAGAGCGGCGGCUGGGUUGUCCGUCACUAGCCAGCCUUUCAGUGGACCUACCGAUUCGUCGCCUGGUGGUUACCGAGACAGAUACGACGAACGUGUAUAUUCUGUUACCGAACCAGAGUACCGGCGAGUUCCCGGAGGGAGCAGCCGCCGCUAUGAAGAACACAGUGACCGAGAAGGAACAGAUUGAGGUGAUGAAGGCGUUUGGGGCAGUUUGGUGUACCAAUAAAGAUAGCUGUCCUCCUCUUGAGGAUAUCAAAUGGCCACCAGUCAAGUGGGCAGCGAAGUACUGGUCCCUCAAGAUCCCCGAUGGCUGGGAGCCUGCACCUAAAGAGACAGACAAUAUGCAUCUGCUUCCGCUCUGGAAAGCCAUCGAAGACGAAGAAUACGACGAAGAAUAG